AUGAAUGCGACGGUUGUUCUUGACCAAGGCGGGAGCGUGAGCUAUACCAAUCUUGAUGUCAUAUCAGGCAAGGUCAUUGUACGAUGUGGGAAAAGUAUCGACGUGGCCAGCAUCGUCGUCAAGCUUGAGGGCGAAAGCCGAACAAGGCUGCUGUCACCUCCUGGUCAAAAUGGCGAAAGACCGCGGCCGCAGCUGGAAUAUCACAAAAUCUUGUACAAAGUACAAAUGGUCUUCCCACCAACAGCAGUGCUUGAUGGCAGAAGUUCUACUGGCAGCAAAGGCUCAUACACCCUCCCACUAGGCCAACACGAAUACCCAUUCCGCUUCAAGCUACCUUUCAACAAUACAUGCGCUAGCGAUCGAAGCCAGCUACCAGCCGUCAGCGUUUCCGGAACGGGCGUCGAAGUCUCAAAGCCACCUACACAACAUGUCAAAAAGACACUGCCGCCUACAUUGAGCGGCUUCCCAGGAGAAGCUGAGAUACGAUACUUCGUCAAGGCCACCGUAGCACGAUCCUCCAUCUUCAAAGAGAAUCCUAGAGCAUAUACGCCUUUCAAUUUCUUUCCGAUUGAGAGUCCUCGACCACCAUCCUCGGGCUCGGAAGUCUAUGCUCGACAGCGGCACAACUUUAGUCCUUAUGUUGACGGUGAGCCUGUGAAGGCCAAAGGCAAAGGUGUGUUCGGGAUGAGAAAGGAUUCGAUGCCUGCAAUCAACCAAGAUGCUCCCGCAAUCAGCGUAGACGCACGCCUACCGGAACCGGCAAUACUCACAUGCAACAAGGAGAUCCCACUCCGCAUCCUUGUCAAGAAGCUCAAUACCUUCAGUGAGACCGUAUACCUACAGUCCCUACAAAUCUCACUAGUCAGCCUGACGAAGAUUCGCGCCCAUGAAGUGCAUCGUACGGAAACGAACAGCUGGAUUAUCAUGAGCAACAGCAAUAUGGGCGUUCCCCUUGGCCUGCCCACAGAUGUUGAAGGCACUGAAGUGGAGAUUGGUGAUCGGAUGUGGUGCGACCAGACACUGCCCAACACGGUCGCGCCGUCAUUCGAGACCUGCAACAUCGCGCGGACCUACCACCUAGACAUCAGAGUGGGUUUGAGUUAUAGCGGCAGUACUGCAGGCGGCACAAAGCCACAGAACAUUGCCCUGCCACUACGACUCGAAUGCGAAGUCUUCUCGGGCAUCACACCACCACCCGAACUCCUAGAAGCAAUGGCGCGGGAGAAAGCCAAUAUCCACCGUCCAUCUGCCUCAAAUAUUCCAAUGACCGACAAGCUCAAGACAGAAGGACGUCUACCACCCGAGUUCGGCGCAGGACAAGUCCCGCCAACUCCUUUUGAAGGGCCGAGUUCAUCUGGGCCGCCAGAGCUGCCAGCUCGACCUGGUGAUGUUGGUGAUGCACAGCCGCCGAUGUAUAGUGAGGCGCCACCGAGCUAUGAGGAUGCAAUAGCUUCGAAUCUGCCGCCGGUGAAUGCGCCGAGGCCUGAGUAUGCACCUCCGCCGCCAGCUGCCGAUGAUGCGCUGCUGCGUGAUGAGAAGAAGGGGUGGGGCGACGUCUAUCUCAAGAUCGUUCAGGAUGUGAUCCGGGAUUCCAAGGCUGAGUUCGAGGAGAAUGGUGUGAGCCAGACGACGCUGACGGACCUCGAGCAGGUGGGUUUGCAUCCCUUGUUUCAUUGCGCCCACAAGCAAGCAUGCACAUCCCAUCAAGCCGAUGUCCUUUCCAUCAUCUUUCCGCAUAUCUCAUCAACAAAGAACGCGAAACAAAAGAGCGUUCAUCAUCUUUCCUUCCCGACCACUGCACCGAAGGAUCCGCUGGCAAAGGCGAUGGCCGACGCUGAGCAGACGAGAAGCGGGGCUUUGCGAUCUCAGAAUUGCUGGGCCGACCUCUGCUUUAGGGAAUGGAAGACGAAGCUGAGCAGUAAGCAUGUCGCUCACAUGCCAUGGGAUCCCAAGCCAGUGCCACCGCCGAUGCCACAGCCACAAGCGCCUUCGCUUCCAUCAGCUUCUGCGACCAACGGCUUACCACAACAGUACAACAGUGCCUACAAUCAGCCACCUCCACAGCAAACUGCACCACACAUCAAAGCUGAGCCGAACUAUGAGCAACAACACCACGGUCUCCUAGAUAAUGGCUUCCCACAGGGUGUGCCGCAGUUUGAAGGUGGUCAAGCACGAGCUCAGGUACUCAGUCAGCAGUACAUGCAGCGCAACGGGCUAGCACUACCUGGCCAACGUCCUCAAGCCAUACCCCCAAACGCGCAACAACUAACGCCAGCUCAAAUGCAGCAGUACAUGCAACAGCAACAGCAGCGACAACAAGCUGCGAUGCAACAGCAGCAGGCACAGCCACGAAUCAAAGUAGAGAACGACAGUCCCCAGCUCAGUCAAGGCCAGUUCCAGCAACAGCAACGGCAGCAGCAGCAGCAACGUCAACCGAACCCGGCGUACGCUCAGACCGAUGGCGCGGACGAGGGUCUCAGCGAGUGGCAAGCGUAUAUGGCUCAGCGCCGUGCCACCACGGCAGAGGAGAUGCAGCAAGCCGAUCGUAUGAUGCAAAACAGUAUCGAGCAGCACUCAGCAGAUCUCGAAAGCGGCUUGAUGGUACCGUUGAAUGCCCAGCCAAAGGGCGCCCGCAACAAAAAGCGCAGAGUCCCUACCACAGCACAACCCUCCGCCUCAAGCACACCCGUGGUACCCCAACUCGACGGCGUGAAAGAAGACGAAGACGAAAAGCCCGUCAAGGACGAAGAAGACGAGGACGCAAUUAACUCCGACCUCGACUCCGAUGAAGACCCCACGGGUGACCUCAACGACGAUGAUGACGAGGGUGGCGACACCAUCCUCUGUACGUACGAUAAAGUGCAGCGCGUGAAGAAUAAGUGGAAGUGUGUCCUCAAGGAUGGGGUGUUGAGUAUUGGGAACAAGGAGUGGGUUUUCCACAAGGGGAAUGGGGAGUUUGAGUGGUGA